AUGGCAUUUGUUCCGCUUUGUCCAACACCUUUCUGUCCCCGCGCCCCCAUACGCGGCUGGACUAACACCAAGCCCUCGCACUUGACGAGGCAUUCGCGCACAUAUCAGCUGGGACGAAGGACGUUAACUGCAACCGCUACAGAACAGGGGAAGGGAAACAGUCAAUAUUUGCAAGAGCGAUCAAAGUCGCUGCGUCUUCAGCGCUACUUUGAGACAUUCAAUUGGCGCGGACGAAAGAUUAAUUUUCGCGAAGACGGCCCACAUGAGAAUACCUUACCUGUUCUCAUAAUUCACGGCUUUGGCGCUUCAAUUAACCAUUGGCGAAACAACAUUCCCGCAAUAGUCGAUUCCGGUAGAUUUCGGGUGUAUACAAUCGAUCUGCUCGGAUUUGGGGGCUCUGACAAGACCAGCCCGGAAGAGGUCGAGUAUGGAAUCCCGUUGUGGAAAGAAUUGGUUGUCGAUUUCAUCAAUGCCCAGGACCAUGAAGACCAAUGGUGUCUCAUCGGAAACUCCAUUGGUUCGCUCACUGCACUGGCUGCCGCAUCUGAACUCGGGGAGGAACGGGUGCGAGCUGUCGCGCUGAUGAACUGUGCUGGUGGGCUGACCAGUUUCCGAUAUUCAGAACUCAAUCCACUACAGGCGAUUCUUUUGCGUGUUUUCAACACACUGUUGUUUAAUCGUUUCACGGGACCUUACCUGUUCGACAAUUUUCGCAAGCAGACGAAUAUUGCCAAAGUUCUGGAACAAGUUUACAUAGACAAGAAAGCGAUCUCCGAGGAUUUGCUCGAAAUUCUUUGUGAACCGUCUAUGGAUGAGGGCGCAUGUGACGUUUUCCUCGCCAUUCUCAAUGCAGAACCGGGCCCAACACCAGAAGAGCUCUUAGCUAAGAUGACUUGGUGUCCUAUGCUGGUACUGUGGGGAGAGCGCGACCCCUGGACGCCGUUACGACAGGGUGUUCACCCUGGUAUUCGCUUCCCGGACUACCAUCCCGGAAUUGAUUUGCAAGUCAUUCCUAACGCGGGGCAUUGUAUCCAUGAUGAAUGCCCAGAAGCGGUGAAUGAGAUUCUCGUGCCAUUCCUGUUGGAACCAAAGCUCAAACCAGCAGAGAGCAAUUCCAGCGAAGGUAGUCCAACUAGCAAGGACAGCGCCAUGCAGGCUUCGUAGCCACCAUUCCAAUAAACUAGUUUUCAUAUGAGGU